AUUCAUAUUUUCAUUUACCUCAUUAAUUUAUAUUUUCAUUCACCUCACUCUUAGAUUGAUGAAUACGAAUAAAAAUGGCGACGAGCUCGGUAGCGGAAUCGGGUGUAACAUAGUUGAUCACGCCAAUGGUUCUUACACAAUUUCUGCUCCGUUACUCUGGCCUGGUAAUUCAACUCUAUUUGUUGAUCUGGUCCACCCUAGUGAAGCUGUCGUGGCCCUUGUUUACUAUAGUGCGGCGGGGAAGGAUAAUGGAGUUAAAUUUGUAUCGACGUACCCCACUGGAGAAGAAGUUUACUGCCAUGUUGAUAUGCAACCUCAGCCUAGUCGCCCUUUGUGUGAUUUCUCACAACCAGAAAAAGGAGGUUCGUGGUUUUGUUUGUCAACUGCAAACGGGGAUUGUCCCGGUCACGUCAAUUACACACAGGCAAAGCUGUUCUCGAGAGUUUCGUACGUUGGAACUACUCCACUUUUUUUUGAAGGAAAAACAUGGAAAAUGCCCUUAAACUUUCAAGGUGGUUCGAUUAUGGUAAAGAACUCAAAUUUCACCAAAGAUUUAAUAAACUCCUUGCCGAUUUGUAAAAGUACAUCCGGAAUGUCCGAAGAUUCGUUCGAGUUUCGUGCUGAAAAACAUUCCGGGUUUUACUUGAACUACAAAUGGCAAUCUCUUCAAUGUAAACCGCGCUCAAAAGGUUUCAAAUUCGAGGAAUGUUUGCGAGAUACAGUUGUUUAUUUUAUCGGUGACUCCACGAUGCGCCAGUGGUAUAUAGCGUUGGUAAAACUUCUCAAAUUUCAGGACCACCCAACUAAAAUGAAAGCGAAGCCUGGACAUAAAAUUUGGCAAGCACCUCGCGUUGGUUACCAAACAGACUACAAUAUAACCUUGUAUUAUAGAUCUCACGGUAUGCCCCGGUACAACCCUGGGCCGCCAGAAUCGCAUCCGUUUAUAGUGGACACUCUAAACGAAAUCCCAACAGAAGAUGGGCGUAAUGUAGUCGUAGUUAUUAACAUUGCUCUUCAUUUCCAGUUGAUAGAUCCAAUUUUCUACAUCCAAAGGGUAGAAGCUGUAAAACGAUCGGUUGUGCAGUUGCAGCUUCGUUCGCCUGGUGUACGGGUUUUUAUUCGAGGUUGCAUUCGCCACCGAAACAGCGCAAAAUUUGUCCCGACCGAGUGGUAUAGCUUCAGACUGUGUAAAAUACUUCGCAAGACGUUUCAAACAGUCUCUGGCGUUGGUUUUAUCGACACUUGGCAAAUGACAACAGUUUAUCCCAAUUAUUUUAACAUACACCCAAAAGAAAGCGUAAUUCCCCAGCAUAUUGCUGCAUUUUUAUCCUACAUGUGUUAAAGCUAGAAAUGUCAGUAUAACGAAAAUUAGGGCAAACUUAGCAAGUUCGUACCGCUCUCUUAACACAUCAGAAAAGGCCUAUUUUAUAAAGAACACCGGACUCAAAAAACACGCAAGAUGUGUCGCUUAUAUGCAGAUACAUCAUUAGACUUCAAGUCACAUGAAUAUUACUUCAAUUUAAAAUACCAGUUUCGUAAAAGUAUGUUGGGUAAUUUAUAUAGUAUUGCAUGCGCCCGAGUGCAAUUUAUACGUAAUUUAACCAAAGAAUUUCCAACUUAUCAAUAAAACUAGUAAAAUCCACUU